GGAACACUUUGCCUACCCAGUGCGCAGGGCUUUUGAAUCAAGUGCAUCUACCAUCAACAGCGCAACAGGAAUAACACAAAAAAAAGGCGCGGAAGCCUUUAUCGUUGGCUUUUCUAUAGGAAUGUUUGGUUAUCGAGUAGGAAUACCUUGAAGAUGGACCAGUCGCGAUCGACAUGUUGGUGACCACUGGUCUACAUGAUAGCCAGCCAUGUGGUCACGCUCAUAAACAUAGCCUACCUGUAUAUUGCAAGUCCAGUUUCUUACUCAUGAUAGUCAUGCUUAUCUUACGGACAUCUGCAGCCUAUGUUCUAACUUUUAUAUUGACCUUAUGCAUUGAGUUUGAUGAGGAUAUGAGUAGAUCUCGUUGUGUACAAUUGGGAUGUUGCUCUUGGACAUAUGUAGGCUACACCUGUGCUGUAGGCUACACCCGAGCUGACUCACUGUCAGGUGUGGUCUAGUUCCCGAGGAAGGUAGAUUGAUCUGAUGGAGCAUGUUCCGAGAGAAGAGAGGGAACUGACAGAACGGAUCACGUUGAGAGAAAAGAAAGAGAACUUACAGAGCAGAUUCUGAGUCUGAGCCAAACAGCUGGACAGGAUAUAUCUAACAGCGGAACAGAGAUGGAAUGACGAGAUAACAACCUGAGAUCAGUGCCAAUGCUGUGUUUGUGGAGGACACGACAUGUACCACCGAUAUCUGCCAGGGCCAGCUGGGUGACUGUUGGCUUCUGGCUGCCCUGUCCUGCCUUACCAUGCACCCCCAUCUCUUUGUCAAAGUGGUACCACCUAAUCAGAGCCUGACAGAAUCCUAUGCUGGCAUCUUCCACUUCAUGUUCUGGCAGUAUGGUGAGUGGGUGGAGGUGGUAGUGGAUGACAGGCUACCUGUACGCGAGGGUCGCCUGCUCUUCAGCUACUCCUGUACCCGCAACGAGUACUGGAGCGCCCUGGUGGAGAAAGCCUAUGCCAAGCUGAUCGGGUCAUAUGGAAGUCUGAAGGGGGGUAAUAUCUCAGAGGCUAUGGAGGAUUUUACAGGGGGCAUAGCCUACUCCCUCCCUGUCUCCUCCCGCGCCCCCAGGGUCAUGUGGAAAGCCCUCUCUGCUGCCCUGUCCCGUGGCAGCCUGCUCAGCUGCUUCAUACAGGCUAGUAACUAUUGUGAGAUAGGCACAGUGACUGCAGAGGGACUGGUGAAGGGCCAUGCCUACGCCAUCACAGACACUGACACGGUGAAGAAGCCGGCUGGUGAGGCCUUGUUGCUGAGGCUGAGGAAUCCCUGGGGCUUUGUGGAGUACUCUGGACCCUGGAGUGACAAGAGUAAAGACUGGGAUGAUGUGGAUGCUGCUGAGAAGAAAAGGAUUGAUCUGAAAAACAGUGAGGACGGCGAGUUCUGGAUCAGUGCGGAGGACUUCAACAAGCUGUUUGACACAGUGGAGCUGUGUAGUGUGGACCCUGACCCCAUAGUGGAAGAGGACACAUCCACUGACCCCGACUCCCCUGCUGACCCCCCCUCUGCCUGGACCCUCAGCUCCCACAAAGGCUCCUGGGUAUCGGGCUCCACUGCAGGGGGGAGCUGUAGUUACCCUCGAUCCUUCUGGAAGAAUCCCCAGUUCCAGCUUGUCCUUGCCGAGCAUGAUGAUGAUAUAGAGAUGACCCCGGGGGAGAAGAAGGUGGCAGAGAAGCAGAAGGAGAAAGCAAAGCAGUGCACCGUGCUGGUGGAACUACUGCAGAAAGACCGGAGAAAGAAGGAGAAAAUCAACUUCCUCCACAUCGCCUUCCACAUCUACAGGGUUCCUCCAAAGCUCCGGGGCCUGUGUCUGGACCAGAGCUUCUUCUCUUUCAAGCAGCCUGUGGGGAGUUCUGGGGUGUACCAGCCUUUCAGGGCUGUGUGGAGGGAGGUGAGGCUGGACCCAGGAAACUACGUGAUCCUGGCCUCCACCUACAGUCCCAACCAGCCCGCGGAAUUCUUCCUCCGCGUCUACUCCAAGACUGGCAACAAUCUGGGGACCCAAGACUUCACUUGCUCCACUGGCUUCCUCAUGGUCAUGUCAAUGCCACCAGUCUUGCCAGAGGAUCGCAAGAGAGUACAGAAGACCUUUGAUGAGGUGGCAGGGCCGGAUGACAAGCUGAAUGCUAAGGAGUUCAUGAAGCUGGUUAACUCAGUUCUGGAGAAAGACUACCAGCUGCCACUGGAGACAUGCAGACAGCUCAUCUUUGGAGAGGAAACUGGGGGGCGUAGCAGUCUGACCCGAGAGCAGACAGAGCCUGUGCUGACCUCUCUUCGCAGUCUGCAGUCCAUCUUCUUCAAGUUUGAUCAGGACUCUUCAGGGACUAUGAGCCCCUUUGAGCUUAGUCUGGCCCUCCAGGCUGCUGGUGUGCAGUGUGAUGGCCAGGUCAUACAGCUGCUGUGGGAGAGGUUUGGCUCUGGGGAGCUGCACCUGCCUUUCCAUGGCUUUGUGGCCUGUGUCACCAGGCUGCGCAAGCUAUUCGCCCUGUAUAAAUCAGAGAGCAACCCUGAGGUCAAAGACGGAGGAAUCAAUACUUGGCUGCUCCGACUCCUGACCGUGUGAGAGUGCUCUGUAAAGGGGGUUUCUACGUGGGCACUGCAGGGGAAUUCUAUCUGACCAGGAACAUAUGAUAACAUCAUGCCUCUCCUGGCGCCCUCGUCCACACACACACAGGCGCACACGUACACCACACACACAAACAGCCCCUGGCCUUUGUCACCAUAAGAUACCCCGCAUAUCAGUUAAGUAUUUUCAGCAAUUGAGUCAAGUAUUUUCAGUUCUACAGCCAAGUAUUUCUUUAACCUUUCAUUAUUUGAGUUUUAAAUAGUGAAAAUGUAGUUGAAGCCCUGUAGUUGAAAUGUAUCCAAAAAUAAAAAAUGUUGUAAAAAUGAAUCCACUUUAAUAAUGUAAAAUGAUUUCUGUGUUUAUAAAUACAGCCCAGCCUCACAUACACGGUGAGUACGGCCUGCCCUGGUGAGGGAGUGAAGGUGAUGUCUCAACCGCGCAGCACACACGUCUCUAUACUUAUCAUACUGAUGCCUCCUACAGCAUCAACACUAACUCGCCGCAUCCUCCGCUACUUCCCUCGCUCCCUCCCUCCUUUGCUCCCUCCCUCCUUUGCUCCCUCCCUCCUCCUUUGCUCCCUUCCUCCUUUGCUCCCUUCCUCCUUUGCUCCCUUCCUCCUUUGCGUCCUUCCUCCUUUGCUCCCUUCCUUCCUCCCUCGCUCCCUCCCUCCUUUGCUCCCUUCCUCCUUUGCUCCCUUCCUCCUUUGCUCCCUUCCUCCUUUGCGCCCUCCCUCACGCUCUCAAUUCAAUUCAAUUCAAGGGCUUUAUUGGCAUGGGAAACAUGUGUUAACAUUGCCAAAGCAAGUGAGGUAGAUAAUAUAUAAAGUGAAUAUAUAAAGUGAAACAAUAAAAAUGAACAGUAAACAUUACACAUACAGAAGUUUCAAAACAAUAAAGACAUUACAAAUGUCAUAUUAUAUAUAUACAGUGUUUUAACAGUGUACAAAUGGUUAAGGUAUACAAGGGAAAAUAAAUUAGCAUAAAUAUGGGUUGUAUUUACAAUGGUGUUUGUUCUUCACUGGUUGCCCUUUUCUCGUGGCAACAGGUCACAAAUCUUGCUGCUGUGAUGGCACACUGUGGAAUUUCACCCAGUAGAUAU